GCAGAUCUUAAUCAAGCAAUUUCGAUGGUUUCAUAUUAUGCUUCUUCAUCUGAGCCUGCACAAGUUCGUGGUAAAACUGUUUAUAUCCAGUAUUCAAAUAGGCAGGAAAUUACAAAUAAUAAGAGCUCUGGAGAUGUUGCUGGGAAUGUCUUGCUUGUCACUAUUGAAGGUGUUGAAGCUGGCGAUGUUAGCAUAGAUGUCAUUCAUUUGCAGGUCCAUGUUAACAAGAAGAUGUCCUCGUUGUCAACCUACUGCAUUGGGAGUGACACAACGUUUCUUGCUAUCUCUUUCUUUUGAUCAAUCCAUUUAGAGCUUUUUGAACCUAAACUUGACAGAAUGGUACUCUCUAACUGUACUUGAUCAUAAUGCCUCAUUGGAGUUUUAUGGCAAAGUUGAUCUGAAUGGACUGUUUUUGUAGUCAAAUUUUCAAUACCUAGAAUCUAACAGUGCUCAUAAAUGUUAUAAUUUUAAUUUUUUUUUAAUACAUGGUGCAGUGGGCUUGCAAGUUUUUUGUGCUUGACAGUAACUUGUCAAACGUUUUUUUGUGAUUCUUUUCUUUGCAACUGAAGUACUUAAUGUACAGGUUAAAUUUCUGGUGGCCAACAUGAUUUGGCUAUAUCCCUCUUUAAAGGCAUAUUCAUUGUGGGGAUCCAUCUUUUUCCUCAUUUAAUUUUUAUUUUGAGGAGGUGUCAAAAAUAAAUAUCUCAUGCAUCAUGUCCAUCCUUUUAAAUAUAGAUCACAGUAUCUAUGAUGCUUAUGAAGUUUUGAUGAAUGCGAUGCUCUGCCUACAGGUGUUCUCUGCCUUUGGAUUUGUGCACAAAAUUGCUACCUUUGAAAAGGCUGCUGGUUUUCAGGCAUUAAUUCAGUACAGUGAUGCAGAAACUGCUUCAAAUGCAAGAAAUGCCUUGGAUGGAAGAAGUAUUCCAAGAUACUUACUUCCGGAGCAUGUUACCUCUUGCCACUUGCGUAUCUCAUUUUCUGCACACACAGAUUUGAAUAUCAAGUUCCAAUCACAUCGUAGCAGGGAUUACACAAACCCUUAUCUUCCUGUAAACCCCUCAGCGAUUGAGGGAACUUUACAGCCUACAUUGGGUCCAGAUGGAAGGAAAAAGGAGCCUGAGAGUAAUGUACUUUUAGCUUCUAUUGAGAAUAUGCAAUAUGCAGUGACAGUUGAUGUUCUUCAUAAGGUGUUCUCGACAUUUGGUACCGUGCAGAAAAUUGCAAUUUUUGAGAAGAAUGGUGGAAUGCAGGCUUUAAUUCAAUAUCCUGAUGUAGCAACCGCAGCAGUUGCCAAAGAGUCUUUGGAGGGACACUGCAUCUAUGAGGGUGGUUAUUGUAAGCUUCAUCUGUCAUACUCUCGUCAUACUGAUCUCAAUGUAAAGGCACAUAAUGAUAGAAGCAGAGACUACACGAUUCCAGACACAGGUAUGCUUACGAUACCUCAAGCUCCCGGUUUGCCAACUGCUGCUGCUGGUUGGCAGGCUAAUCCCCAGUCUGCAUCUAUGUAUGCGGGUAACGACUAUGCGGUUGGUGCACAAGCACCAGGUCCCAAUAGGCAAAUGCCAACUUGGGAUCCUAGCAUGCGGGGAGGGGCCUAUGUCGCAGCUCCAAGCACAUAUCCGGGUCAAACAUUUGCACCGCCCCCUGUUUCCCAUUACCCUGCCUCGGCAGCCAUCUCUAGUGCUCCUGCUGAAUCACUUCAAGCUUCACAACCAAUGGCCCAGUAUGGUAUGCUGCCAAAUGCACGGCCACCUACUUCUGCAUCAGCUGGGCAGCCUCUGUAUUACCCUUCGUAAGCUGCAUCUCCUCUGACUUCUUUUUGCUUCCCUCGCAUCUGUUGUUGCAAGUAUUCAAUGAGUAUAUUCUAUCAACGAUCUGAUGGUACUUUGUAAUGACUCUUUUCUCUGUAUGUUGAUGGUGUUGAACGGAGAUGCUUUGUGUAGCCUGGAAACAAAUUGCCCUUAUUAGAUGUUACCUUAUCCCAAUUUAUCCUACCUUCUUUUCUUGGAAAAUGUGGUGGAGUCUUUCAUUGUUGGCAUGGGAUAGCGAGUUACAGAUUGCAUUAUCAAGUGUUUAUGCUGGCCUUACAAGGGUUGGAACUAGGCUUUAUAAUGAUCAUAUUUGAAUAAAUUCGUGAUUUGGAAGCAGUGACAUUCA